AUGCCACCACCACCAUCCACAUCCACCCCUCCAAUGCCAACCCUCAUCUUCCACUCCCUGCCCAACAACGCCUUCCUCGGCCUAGACCUCCUCUCCCUGACCACUUCUCCUAAACUUCAGGGUAUCAAGAACCUCCCACCAGGCUACCACUUCCUCUACUCCAGUUCCGACGCAUCACUUUCUACUCGUCAUGGCUACUGGUUCUUCAUUCCAGCUCCCACACCAGCAACGGAAGGAGGGCAGUAUGAAUCGAAGAUUAUACCUUGGCGAUGGAGUGGGGAGAACGAGUGCUUGAUACCGGAAGCGGAUGUUUCCGACACUGAGAGUGCACAGGCAGAUUUAGGUAGGGUGUGGGAGAGAGGUCUACUCGAUUACACGCAACCUGGGAGCAGGAAAGAGGGAGGAAAGUUAGGGAGUGAGUGGAGGGAAUUAACAGAGUAUAUCACAGAUGACUUGUUGGAUAGAGUGCUCGGCGCAGUCGCAAGUCAAGACCGGGCGGGGAAACGAGGUCCAGCUAGUAGAAGAUCCUGGAGCAUAUCCUCCGUGUCGAGCGCGCCGCAGGAUGUCGAGAAGAUCCCUGGUCUUACCACCUCAGAAGCAGUGAUCGAAGGCGAGAAGCAGCUUGAGUUCUUGCCGAUAGAUCUGAAGAGGACAUGGCGAGAGGGUGCGGUGGGCAGGGAACGCACCGAUGCGGUGAGAGAUCGGUCAUGGUAUCUUGGGCAAUUGAUUGAGUUGGCUGUUGAGUCUGGUGGUGAUAAAAGAGUGGGAGCGGCGCAAUUGCUGGGAGAGUUGCAGUUGUGUUUUCUUAUGAUCCUGACAUUGGCGAAUUGGUCGUGCUUGGAGCAAUGGAAGAGGAUACUGGGCGUUCUGCUGAGCUGUCGGCAGGCCCUGGUGGAGGUGGGGGAUUAUUUUGUAGCCGUAGUGCGGCUGUUGAGGAUACAGCUGAAGCAUUGUCAGGAUGUCGAAGGAGGAUUGUUUGACCUCAAAGAGGAAGGGGCUGGGUGGCUCAAAGGACUAUUAGCUCAAUUUAGGAGGAAUGUUGAGGAAUUGUUUGGCACUGCAAACGGGGAAAUGUUGAAGACCGAGCUCAAGCAACUGGAACAGGACCUAAGGGAUGAGUACGGGUGGGAGACUGGAAAGGAUAUACUCAAGAGAGGUCUGCUGGAGCUAGAGGAUGGGGAGAGGGUAGAUAUGGACAUGAAUGGCGCGGACGAGGAAGAUGAGACUGGGGAGUAUGCGCCUGUAGUGGUUGACCUAGAAUAG